GGUUCCUGAGGGACCGGCUGCGUGCUGGCCCCGGGCCGCGCCCACUUGGCCUGACCCACCCUUCACGAACCAGCGCGCAGCCACAUUCAGAGCAGAGAAGCCCGUGCAGCAUGUCGUUUCCUCAGGAACCCACCCCGGCUCCCGUUGCAGAGCCUCACACCGAGGAGCCGGACUCGGGUUUACUGUCAGACAACUCAGCAAAAGAAAACCAUUCCUCAACCAGGAGACCCCUGGUGCCUCGGUGUGCCUGUAGUCCCAGUUCCUGGCUGAGGCAGGAGGAUUUCUUGAGGUUCUGGGAAGACCUGAACAGUCUUAACAAUCAGAAAAGUUGGGCAGAGGGUUUGUCCAGCAUGGACAGCAGAGCUGGUCGCCUCUCAGUCUGUACGAAGGUGUGCUAUGGCAUUGGUGGGGUCCCCAACCAGGUGGCCUCCAGCGCCUCAGCCUUCUACCUGCAGCUCUUCCUCCUCGAUGUGGCACAGAUCCCAGCCGCCCAGGUGUCCCUUGCCUUGUUCGGAGGGAAGGUGUCUGGGGCGGUUGCAGACCCUGUGGCUGGCUUCUUCAUCAACAAAAGCAGAAGGACAAGGGCUGGACGGCUAAUGCCUUGGGCGUUGGGCUGCAUGCCCUUAAUUGCACUGGCCUACUUCUUCCUGUGGUUUCUGCCCCCGUUCACCAGCCUGCGUGGGCUCUGGUAUGCCACCUUCUACUGCCUGUACCAGGCCCUGUCUACGUUCUUCCAGGUACCCUACACAGCGCUCACUAUGAUCCUCACCCCCAGCCCCAGGGAGCGAGACUCCGCCACUGCAUACCGGAUGACCAUGGAGAUGGCAGGGACACUCAUGGGAGCCACUGUCCAUGGGCUCAUCGUGUCCAGUGCCCAUGGGUCUCGGAGGUGUGAGGAUCCUGUGCUCGCCGGGAGUACUGCUGUGUCCCCAGAUGUAGCGCGCCUCUACUGCAUUGCGGCUGCUGUGGUUGCGUUGACAUACCCUGUGUGUGGCAGUUUGCUGUGCCUAGGAGUGAAGGAGAGGCCAGGUAUAGGGUGCAACACUUCCGCCACAGCCUCAGGUCCAGGCCUGAGCUUCUUCACGGGGCUGGCCAUCACUUCCCGGCACCCGCCCUACUUGAGUCUGGUGGUCUCCUUCUUGUUCAUCUCAGCUGCCGUCCAGGUGGAACAAAGCUACCUGGUCCUGUUCUGUACACACGCCUCCCGGCUACAAGAACAUGUUCAGAGCUUGGUGCUAACCAUCCUGAUCUCAGCUGUGCUGAGCACCCCACUGUGGGAGAGGGUCCUCCAGCGAUUUGGGAAGAGGACGUCUGCAUUUGGGAUCUGUAUAAUGGUGCCAUUUUCCAUCUUGCUGGCUGCUGUGCCCUCUGCACCUGUGGCCUAUGUUGUGGCCUUUGUCUCUGGUGUGAGCAUUGCUGUGUCCCUGCUGCUACCCUGGUCCAUGCUGCCAGAUGUGGUGGAUGACUUCCAACUGCAGCAUCGGCGUGGCCCAGGCGUGGAGACCAUCUUCUACUCCUCCUACGUCUUCUUCACCAAGCUCUCAGGCGCAGGCGCCCUGGGCAUCUCCACCCUCAGUUUGGAGUUCGCAGGGUAUAAGGCAAGAGCCUGCCAGCAAGCAGAGGAAGUGGUGGUCACCCUCAAGGUCCUCAUCGGUGCUGUGCCCACCUGCAUGAUCCUUAUUGGUCUGUGCAUCCUCAUGAUUGGCCCCACUCCCAAGACGCCAAGCCAGGACACCUUCUCCCAGCAAAGCCUUCGGAGGAGAACUAGCUACAGCCUUGCUUGAGCUAGAAGGAGACUUCUGUGAGGCGAAAAAGCAGAAGCCUGCAUUUUCUAGAAUUCUCUCUGUCCAGCAACCUGAGCAUAGCCUACCAGCUUAGCACAAGGCAUUUUCCCUUGCGAGUGGAGACUCUAGAGACCUCUCCUGAAGGGGCUGGCCCAGGCUCCAGGAACCCUACUCAGCACCUCCUUGCCUGUUGACCCUCGACCUUCCAGACUUGUAGCCCAGAGGACUCCACCUUCAAGAAACCUCUGACUCCGAAAGCAUCCUGCAAGACUACUUUUGGUGUCAGGAAGCUCCUGCCUACUCCAGCCUGGACACUCCCUUUGCUAGAUGGCACAGCUCCACACACAGGAGGUUUGCAGAGUCUCCAGUGGACACCAUGUGACGGGGUGUAACAUGAGGGCCGGCUUGUUGGGGUAUCUAUCCCGCCCGGUAUCCCACAGCUGGCAACUCCCAAG